UCCUCAUUCCCGAAUUUUCCCCGCAAACAAAAAAGAGCGCCACCAUUGAAGUUUCAAAUCAAAAUUCCCCGCCAACCAAAAUUCUCUUCAAAUUCCCCCCAAUCUCCCAUCUGGAUUAUCCCCGCGUAAGCGUACACGCUCAGAAUCGAGAAAUUCUUUGCCUGUAGCUCGCAGUUAUGCAGAAUAGUUGAUAGUCAUUGAAGCAGGGAGGGAUCUAUGGAGAGUGGAAUGGUAUCAGUGGAUCGUUGGACUGCUGGAAGCCAAGUCUACUUUCUAACUCACCUUCAUGCCGAUCAUUUGAGCGGACUCACUUCGAAAUGGUCGAGGGGACCUCUUUACUGCUCCCGCAUUACUGCUAAGCUCUUUCCGAUUAAAUUCCCAGGAUUCGACCUUUCUCUUCUUCACAUUGUUGAAAUUGGUCAAUGGCACUCUGUUUCUCUACUAUCUCCUUCCUCGGGUUCUUCUACUGCUGUCUCUUUCAUGGCUAUUGAUGCACAUCAUUGCCCUGGAGCAGUAAUGUAUCUGUUUCGUGGUGAAUUUGGCUGCACACUCUAUACUGGGGAUUUCCGUUGGGAGAGCACAAGUGAGAGAGCACAAACUGGAAGGACCAUGCUGCUUAAAGCUAUGAAGGAUGUACAGCUCGACAUGCUUUACUUGGAUAAUACUUAUUGUAACCCAACAUAUUGUUUUCCUUCACGUGAGGUUGCUGCUAGACAGGUUUUAAGCAUCAUAUCCUCUCAUCCUAAUCAUGAUGUUGUCAUUGCUGUUGACACACUAGGGAAAGAAAAUCUUCUGCUGUACAUAUCACGUGUCCUGAAAACAAAGAUUUGGGUGUGGCCAGAACGCUUACAAACUAUGCAUCUUCUUGGGUUCCAUGACAUCUUUACGACAAAAACUUCAGUGACAAGGAUUCGUGCUGUUCCUCGUUAUAGUUUUAACAUUGAGACUCUGGAGGGACUAAAUACAAUGCGUCCGACCAUAGGGAUCAUGCCAUCUGGUCUCCCUUGGGCGCCAAAAGCUUUCAGAGGAAUGGAAAAACUUUCCUUGGAAUCUCCUCCGUUGCUCCUUCAUAACAGGUGGCACACAGGUGUUACAACCUCUAGUACCUCAAGCAAGACAAAUGGAGGUUCAUUAAGUUCAGGGAGACAUGAUCAUUACAUAUAUACAGUUCCAUAUUCUGAUCACUCAUGCUUUCCCGAGUUACAAAAAUUUGUUGAGUUUGUCAAACCAAUUAAUAUCAAAGGCAUCGUAUCUUCAUCUGCUUGUAAUGUUGACCCCCUUUACCACUUUGGAGGCAUUUGUCGAAUCCAACAAGCAUCAAAGCUCUUAUGCCAGAGGCUCAGAAUUAAAAGAUCUGAAAAAGUUGGAGUCAUUGACAUGAAGUCUUCCUUUGGAUGCACCAGUACGAUGCAAUUAGGGAGGAAAAAGAGAAAGAGACAAAUUUCUAGAGCAGCUAUUCAUGUUAGUAGGGUGAGGUUGUUGAGAAGAGAGAGGCAAGGAGUAAAGAUUGUGGAUACAGAUCCUGAUUAAACUACUAGAUGUCCUUCCCUAGCUAUUUUUAAAUACACAGGUUCUGAAGUCAUUCCUGUGUGUAAUGAUGUUGAACUUGCUGUCAGUAGAAGCAGCAAAGGAAAUCUAGUUUAGAUUUAACUUGUAUGUCUCGAGAUCAUCUAUCAAAUUUGAAGAGGUCAAGAGUUCAGUUUCCUACUUGGUUCCACAUGGUUCAUAUUACUUUGUUAAACUUUUCUCACGGAUUGUGGACAAGUGAAUAUCUCAAUAUUUUAAUACACUCUAACAGGAAGUAUACUCCAUUUUGUACAAAUGCAACCUCCUUAGAAGAUCUAAUAGCAAAAUAUACUCUUUGACCUGUUAUAUUUGUUACAACGAUUUAGUUUGGUAUACAAGAUCAGAUUGCGUAAUAUGCUAUUGUUGUCCAGAAUUUCCGUGGAAGAGUGUUUGCAUCCACCAAAGGUGUUGCUACUUCAAAUAUCCUGUGAUUUACUUCUUCAGAUAAUUCUUUUGAUAGAUUGCUGAAAGAUAAUUCACACACCUGAAUGUGAGUUUCUGUUUCUUUUUGAUAGUUUAUGCAUAUAUUCAGCAGUUCCUUCUUCUGCAGUGAAGGAAUAAAGAGAUUAAAUGUUUGCCGAUGUUUCUCUUUUGAGGAAAUAGCUCCGUUGGUUCUUGACUGGUGACAUCGGCAAUGGUCCUCUUUUCUAGAGAGAUCAAUACGAUCCACCAUGGGUCCAUAGUCUCAUAUAUGAUAUGUAAACUAGAUUGCUAGAGAAACUUCUAUAUAUUUGCUGGAUGAUAAAAAGCAGCAUCUUUCUCUCUCUUUUCUUUUGUGUGUGUGUGAAUUGUUUGAUGCUGGAUGUUUCUGACUCUCUUGCAGUGAAGUUCCAAUCUCCAGGAAAUGCUAGCCAAUCAUCCCAGUUAAUGGUGUAUCCAGUGGUCACCAAGUAUGGUUCCAGACAGGAUGCUCCACUGGAAAGUCUGGUAUAGGAAUUCUCAUAUAACAGAACAUUUUGUACCUGUUUUGUCUUUGUGAACUUUUUUAGCAGGCACUUAAUCGCGUUUGUUUGAAGGGAUUUCAGUUGCAGUUCUUUCUUUAGUUGAGUUAAAUACUUAAAUUAAGUUGGAUUGAAGUGUACACUUUU